AUGUCUUUCCUUCAUGGUGUUUUAAGUAACAUUCAGCCUAAAUUAGGCCAGCAUAAAGACACUUUAAAUAUCGCACUUAACUCACUUAACAACUCAAAUAAUAAUGGUAUUACUAAAUACAAGGCGGCGAUAGCCGCGGUGGCCGAUGGUGUACAUACAUAUAAUGAGAAGGUGGCAGCGUCGAAUGAUGCUGUGAAAAGUGUUGUUACUACAUUGCGUGAAUUUUCAGAAAGAGCGUUGGACACUGCCAUCAAAGUGGAGCACGCUGAGAAGUCUAUUGAUCUCAAGGUGGAAGAUUGCAAGAAAAAUGCACAGACAUUUAUCACUAACAUAGACACUUCACGUAGCGACAAUCCACUUAAUAACGCAAUUUCCGACUUAAAUGCUAAAUUGAAAGAUAAGCUUGAGAACGUGCGUAAGACUGUAGCGUAUGAGAGUGAUAGGUUGGGGGAGGUGAAGGGGUAUGAGCAUACCGAAAUGACGCAGGCGAUUGAGAAUGUUGAAAAAGUGAUGAGUACUCUGAAAACAAACGUUGAUUGUAAAAUUGACACACAGGUAAAACUGUUUGUAACAAAGGUGAGGGAGCAAGUGGAACCUAUAUUGAAGGAGCUUAAGAAAAUUAGUAAAAGUCUCCACGACUAUGUAGCUGAAUUGGGAAGAUGGAUUGACAACGCAAAUUCCGCAGUUGACAAGGCGUUAGAGAUGGCAAAAAAGAUAUUAUAUGAAGUGAACGAGGACGCUGUAACAAACAAUCCUGGCCGAAUGAAAGCUGCAAUAGAGCAGAUUGAUAUCAUGAUAAAUCAGCUUGUGACAGCUGGAAACACGGGUCUGGAUGAAGUUAGAAAGGAAGUCACCGCCGCGCUUACGGCGGUGAAAACGAUGGACGGGCAGCUGAAGGAGGAUUUGCACGGGGUGAGGGGGGCGAUAAGUCAAGCAGUAGGGAGGAUUACGGAGAAGGUGCAGAAGCUUGGGGAGCAGUUUCCUAAAAUUAGCGGCGCGCCUAGCAACCUUAAUGAUAUUUUUGAAGAGAUUAAAAAGAAAGUUGAAGAAAUCCAGGGAGGGCAAAGACCUGCUAAAGGACUUGGGAGCAUUAAGAAUGGAGUGAACGGAUAUCUUGGAGAGUUCAGCGUCAAUUUUGCGGAUAAGGUUCAGGAAUGGUUGGAUGAUAUACUGGGUAAGGAAGCGGUUAGGAGAGGCGAGCAGAAGAAAACAGGGUAUCUUGAGGACUAUAUCACGGACUAUAUUAAGGAAUAUAUUGGGGACCACCAGCGAGAUGGUAUUCCGUUUAAGAAUGGUAAAGGGGCUCCAGAUGAAAUCAUUAAGGAGCUUAGGGAGCAAUUCCAAAAAAUUCUUGGCAGUGAAGCAUCUGAAGCCGGCAAUUUGGUGCACCAGAAGAUUCAAGAAGCCAAAGGCGCCGUUGAAAAAAAUAUUGAAGCAAUCCAUGUUGGUUGCAAUAUGUUUGCGACGAGGCUUGGGGAGAAACUAUAUACUAAAGUAACGGAUAUUGUUAGCGCUGUUGAGAAGGCCAUACAUAAUGGUACGCCGGUGACUAAGAAAUCCGAUCUCACUUACAUCGUUGAAGUUACACUCUUAGCUCUUCACUCCAAGGCCAGGCAAGCUGGCAAGGAACUUCACUCCUUCGCCCUCGAUAAAACUAGGGUUAACAGAAAAGAAAGCAUCGCAGCCGAGAUAGAUAAGGUAGUUAAUAUGACAAGUAUUCUUUUUGAAAGUGUUAAAAAUGCACACUCCAAACGCACAGGCGGCUCCUGGGAAUACCCCGCCCAAGCCGUCGACCAGGCGAUCAGCAACGUGACCGAGACGCUCAACCAGCAGUUGAAGCUAAAUACUGACGGUAAUUCAGUUGUAAUUGAAGGCACUGCAGAGGGUGUCUUCCGCCUUUACAAACUGCAAGUAACCCAAUCCACCCUGACCGGCGACGUCAACGAGCUUGAAGGCACCCUUCCAGACGCGAUCAAGAAAAUCAGGACGCAGGUGCAGAGUGCGCUGGAUGAUGUCGGCAAUAUUAAUAUUCACGUUGAAGAAAGGUUGAGAGAGGUCAAGGAUAAGCUUAGUCUCUUAUGUCGUGCCGUUAAGAAUGCUGCCGAAACCGAUGCGGAAAGCGCGGUGAAUAAAUUAAAACUAUUAAAAUCUUUAAUUAAUGACAAUACAGUAGACAUUAAAGCUAAGGCGCAAAAAGGCCUCAACAAAAUCCACAGUGACCUCAGCAAUCUCCGAAACGAACUUGUUGAUAAGCCCAUCGACUUGACAAACAAGCUCCUUUCAUAUCUCACCUCAGCCCAAAAUCACUACAUCAAACAACUGCAGGAAGAUGUCAAAAAAGAAGUCAACUCCGCCCAAUCCAAACUCACCACCCACGCGCGCAGGCAGUACGUCGAGGCCCUCAAGUUCGCGCUCCAGCAGUUCGCCGACAAGGUGACGGAGGAGUUGGAGCCUCUACCAGGCAUGUUCGAGCAGGACAAACACAUCGGCCUGAAGGGGUUCAUGGAGGCCUUUUACGGCGCUAACUCCGGCGACAAUAUUAACAAGCUUAAGGAUGCCGUCGAUCUCCGGACUGUCUGCCAUGGCUUCGAAAAAUUCCUCGGGCCCCUCAACACAUAUAUGAACAUGGAAAUAGACCGCCUUAAGGAGGAGGAACACAAGAAAAAUCCUUCGCUUCAGAAACCUCAAGACCCGUAUAGCAAACAACUUAAUAAUGUAUACUCCUCACUUAGCACAGUAAUUGGCCACAUUAUGAGUAAUAAUUAUUACGAUCACAACUUACCCACCAAGCUUGCUGAACUCACUGCCACACUCUCCGACCUGAAACUAGACGGCUUCCCCAACCCGGUCACAGGAAUGCUGGGCGGCAUCUCUGGCGGCUGUCGGCAGUUGGUGGAUGUGCUUGGCGACGUGUACAUCUCGAAGUAUGACGGCCUGACUAUAGAGUGGGAGAAAGUCGACACCAGUAAAAAAGCGUCAACUCCAGAUGGCCCUGAGAAUAAGAUUCCGACCGAUGACGCCAACAGAUGUGCCAAGGUGUUCCUCACUUGUAUGUACACCCUUUUCGAUAAGUUGCAUCGCUUGUUCUUUAAUGGCGGUAAAACGUGGGCUUCACUUAAAAUUGAUGGCAGUGGUGAUGCAAAAAAGAAAUAUGAAUUGAAAAAAUAUUUCAUGCAUGAAGGCUUCGAAAUUCAAAACCUUGUCACCAAGGAAAACACCGGCAAAGACGUUGCCUUCAGAUUGAGCAGAGCCUUCAGUCGUUACCAGACGUUUAACAAGGACCCAAAUGAAUUUGACUCUUUCGAUUUAUACAUAGCCCACUUCAGAAAAUAUGAAGGUCUUUUAUCCAGACUCUUCGAACACCUGGAGACGUACAAUGAAGUGUGUCACUUUGCCACAUUCUCCUCCACGAAGCAUCCUUCUUCCAUCUACGAAAUGCUCGCAUGGUUCUCAGGCCUCCCGUACAGUUCCGUGUAUGACUCUUUGCUCCACGACGUUUUGCCGUCGCUGUUUGAAGGCCCAAGUAAGAAGCCCGCAGACGACGAUGAGAUUGAAGUGACAGAUCUCGGCGAAGAAUCAUUUGACGCAUAUCCGCAACCAAUAACAUACAGUAGUUUAGCAACGUCUCUCAACGAUGUCUGCGCACAAUCCUAUGACGUAUUGACCGGUGUCCUCGGAUACGGUUACGCAGGCGGUGUCUACGCCUGUGAUCAUUCCAACAACACCCUUAACCUAGCAUAUCCUAGCAGCGCUAGUGCCUGCUUAGGCAUGCUGGUAGAUGUAAUGAAUAGACUUUUCUUUCAACUUUAUUUCCUGCUUACACAGUGUUCACACAAUACCGAUUAUAGCGGUUGGUCAAACUGCUCGUACGGUCAGGGUGUCGGCAACUCUGGAUGGCAAUGCAAUGACAACCAAUGUGCCAACCAAACUUGUCCCCAAAAGGCUAUCCAAAGUACUAACCAAAAGUGCAACCAACACCCAAAGUGCGGUGUAAAGUCACCACUUCAGUCGUACCUUGAAGAUAGCCUCCCCGGCUUCCUGCCGCAUACAUUUUCCAAUGUUGGCUGCGGAGUGAAAUGCUCAGUUGGCAAUCACUUUGGCAAACCGUGCAUAACACCAAUGGGAUUUACUGAUAUUAGUAUUAAAGCGUCACACACGAAAGAAGGGGAGUAUCUCCAAAAGGUGCUUGAGAAAUUCUGUGGCAAGGCAGAGAGUCCACUCACUAAGCUGUGUAGCCAGUUAAAUUGUCUCUUGCCUACCGCUCCUAAAACACUAGGCGAUAUGUUUAGUUUCUAUUACAAUUUCCUUCGUGACUGGAAUAGGAACACACCACAUAGGAAGGGUGCAUUUGAAGAGGCUAUUAGUAAGGCCAAUUUCAAACGUCCUUACGAAGACUUGAAUGCCCAUUUUAUAUUCGGCGGUAGUCACCCUCAUAAGCAGGCCAACGCCGAUCUCGUUAGUCUCGUUUGCUCUUCAGCUACAAGGGGUAAAUGUGGUCCCUAUCUACAUGCUCUAAAUACUGAUAUUAGCAGUAUGUAUUCUAAAGAACAUGGUGGCAAAUAUCUAUCGUGGAUAGUGUACAGCACGGAAACGUUUUAUAAUUUACUGCAUCAGUUAUAUGAUGACUGCUGUAGUACGUGUGGCGGUGAUAAGCCAAAAUGCCGAAUUGCUAAAUGCCCACAAAACUGCAGUGUUGGAGGGAAAUCGGCAACGUCACCUCACGAUGCGUCCUGCAAUUCCAUUGCAAAGUGCUCGCAUACCCGUCCAAUAAUGUACAAAUUUGGGUUUGUACAUGAGAACGUGGCAAAGCUGGCUGGUGAAACAACUAAACGUACGUGCACAGACUUUUGCCACGUUUUGAAGAAAGUAAUCGGCGAAGGAUGUGCACUUGUAAAACUCAUCGAAGACAUCGAUAAAUAUAUAUGGGCUAUAAGAGAGAAAUUCUCCUACCUGUUGUUAGCCCUCUGGUCGCUCUCUUUGCUCUACCUGCUGCACAUCGCCGUCGUCCGCCUCGACGUCCUGAAGAUACGCUCCCACCUGAAAUCACCCGCAAGCCACCGCAUCGCCGCGCAGUCCCUCCUCGCCGCCGCACGCAUCAACUCACUCAGCAAGUUAGCGUACCUGAAACCAUAA